AUGUCGUCCGCCGUCCACGUCAUCCGCCGUCCACGUCGUCCAAGUCCCGUUGCCGUGACGGAAAAGGAUGUAGCUAGGGACGACGAGUCCAGAUUCCAGAAUCCAAUUUUGAGCAUGCUGGACUCCAAAUUGGGCGGGUUAUUGGCUGAAGCCUCGUUCGAAGAGGACUUCGCCGGAAAAGUUGGACAGUCAACGGUUCUCCGAAUUGCAGCUGAAAUUGGAUCCAAGAGAGUCGCCUUGCUUGGCCUUGGAGCUUCUGCUUCUGGUCCGGCCGCCUUUAAAGGCCUUGGUGAGGCUGUUGCUGCAGCUGCUAAGUCCGCUCAGGCUGUUCACGUCGCUGUCGUUUUAGCUUCUUCUUCUCAAGGACUCUCUUCCCUUAACACUGCCUCUGCAAUCGCCACUGUGACCAUUCUGGGAACAUUUGAGGAUACCAGGUACAAGACGGAGUCGAAGAAAUCGUUCCUUAAAUCAGUUGACAUUAUUGGUCUCGGAACUGGGCCUGAAGUGGAGAAGAAACUUAAGUAUGCAGGAGACGUUUCUUCUGGAGUCCUUCUUGGAAGGGAGCUUAUAAAUUCUCCACCUAAUGUUCUCACACCAGGUUCAUAUCAAAUUUCUGAUAUUGUUUUUAACUUUUAG